AAUGUCAUCAAAACACAGGGUGAGGAGGUGGAUUAUAGAGGUGUCCUGCACCGUGAUGGCUCUGUUCUCAUGUCAGUAUCCCUUAAUCAGUUGAAGACUCCAGAGCUCCUCUACAAGUCACUAGCAGCAAAACUUGUUGUGGGCAUGCCGUUUAAGGAUCUUGCAACAGUUGACUCAAUCUUAUUGAGACAACUUCCACCAGUUGAUGAUAAUGAUUCUCGGCUAGCGCUCAAAAGGUUGAUAGAUGUUAGUAUGGGUGUUAUAACACCAUUGUCAGAGCAGCUAACAAAGCCAUUGCCCAAUGCCAUGGUUCUGGUAAAUUCGAAGGAAUUAUCAACUGGUGCAUACAAGCUUUUGCCAGAAGGUACACGCAUGGUUGUCUCGGUACGUGGCGAUGAACCUUAUGAAGUGCUGGAUAUUCUCAAAGGCAUUGAUGCUACAAUGCUUCUCCAUGAUCUUCCCUUCAGUGAAGAUAAAGUAAGCCGCGUGCAUGCUGCAAGAAGGCUGUUUGAGUAUCUGGGAGACAAUUCUCUGAACUUUCCGGUCAUACACCAUAUUCAGUUUCCAAGUGGAAUUCAUAGGGAUGACUUGGUUAUUGCUGCUGGUACCAAUGCGGGGGCCCUUUUAGUAGAUGGACUUGGAGAUGGUCUCCUAUUAGAAGCCGCAGACAAAGAUUUUGAUUUCCUUAGAAACACAUCUUUCAAUUUACUACAAGGUUGUAGAAUGCGGAAUACAAAGACGGAGUACGUUUCAUGCCCAUCAUGUGGCAGAACUUUGUUUGAUCUUCAAGAAAUAAGUGCACAAAUACGAGAGAAGACAUCGCACUUGCCUGGCGUUUCAAUUGCAAUCAUGGGUUGCAUUGUUAAUGGACCUGGGGAGAUGGCUGAUGCAGACUUUGGGUAUGUUGGUGGUGCUCCUGGAAAGAUUGACCUCUAUGUUGGGAAGACCGUGGUGAAGCGUGCAAUUGAGAUGGAGCAUGCAACCGACGCCUUGAUCCAGCUAAUAAAAGAUCACGGCCGCUGGGUUGACCCUCCUGCGGAAGAGUAAAAAGCCAGCAACGGACAGAGAUAAGAGGGCAUGCAUGCAUUCAAGAGAGGGUUAUCCUCAUUAUUUUGUGUACUUAAGUUCCCACAGUUGAAAGCAGUAGAUGAUGACUGGAACACCGAAAAUGUAUACCAAAAAAAGAUCCAGGGCACAUGCCACAGUGCAUAAAUUUGUGGAGCAACAUGUAAAAUGUUCCGCAUCAAGUAUACACACAGCAACAAUGUAGUUCUCCCAUUACUAAAGUGAAAUCUUUAGGUUUAGUUGGUUAAUGCAAAAUAAAAUUUGACCGGUCA